UGCUCCUGGAAGUGGUCCCAUGUUCAAGUCAACAACUGUUACUGUGAAAGAAAAUGAAAUUUCCCAAAGAGUUGUUGUGGAUUCAGUUAACAACCAGCAGGAUUUCAAAUAUAAUUUGAUUCACAGCGAAGCAAAUACUAAAGAUGUUACUACUGUUCCUGCAGAUCCAGGAAACACAAAUAAUUAUACAACAAAAAAUAACCGACUUGGGGAUCAAGCCCAGGGAAUUCACAGACAUAAAAUUGGCUUUUCUUUUGCAUUUCCAAAAAAAGCAUCUGUGAAGCUGGAGUCCUCAGCUGCAGCCUUCUCAGAAUACAAUGAUGAUGCCUCUGUGGAAAAAGAAUUUAGCAGAAAAAGUAGAUUUGUCCCCAGCACUUGUCAUAUUCAACUAUCUUCACCAACAGAUGUGCUUUUGAAUUCGGGGGAGAAAGCUACCUCUUUUCAUCCACCAGAGGCAAUGCACACUGUCAAAGAAACUGCUCAAACUCAAGAGAUAAAAGAAGUCCCAAGUGAAAAAGAUACAUUAUCAUUGUCUUCAUUUUGCCAGCUUCAGCUCCCUUUAUCUUCUGAUACAGAUAAUUCCCAAAAUUUAGUCCCAUUAGCAGAUCAAAUACCACUAGAAGAUGUUAUUAUUGAUGAAGACAUACCUGUGAGUAGUAAUAAUUCCGAGUUGUUAGGAAAUAAAUCCACAGUUCUUAAUAUGACUAAUGAUUGUAUAUUGGUGCAAGCUAUCACAGAGGAAAAUGUGAAAAAUAAUGAUGUAUCAACAAUUGAAAAUGAAAAUAAAAAUGGUCCUGAGUCAUUAGUCCCUUCAAGUACUGAAGAGAAUAAUAUAACCUUAAAUAAAAAAUCAGGUUUAUAUAAAAGACAAUGUGAGCCAUUUGUACCUGUACUUAACAAACAUGGAUCAACAGUUCUUCAGUGGCCAUCAGAAAUGCUGGCUUAUACAACUAUUGAGCCAUCAAUUUCAUAUAGCUGUAAUCCUCUCUGUUUUGACUUCAAGUCUACUAAAUUAAACAAUAAUCUAGAUAAAAACAAACUGCUCUUAAAUUGUCCUUAUUCUCAGCAGAAGGAAGAUAUUUACAAUGAACCAGUGUCUGACUGUAAGGACCUACCUAAUGCAGGACUCACGGAUUGUGAAACAGGUAGCAGUAAAAAUGAAUACACUCAAGACACUCCUCUUUUGCCUGAUGAUACUCUGACCAAUAACUGUGAGUCCAGAAAAAAUGAAAAUAUGGAUAAGAGAUAUAAAAAUAUUUCCUAUAGGCACAGAAGAGCACAGAAAUGCAACUUCACUAAAAAUCAAGCCAAACAGGACACUCUAGAUGAGAAAUACAACAAAAUAAGGUUGAAAGAUACUCAUGAACAGUGGUUCCAUAAAAGUAGAAGGAAGAAAAAAAGAAGAAAGCUAUGUCAGCAUCACCAUGGGGAGAAAACCAAAGAUACAGAAACUCACUGCAAAAUGGAAAUGGAGAAUAGUUACACUGAUACAACCAGAAAAAAUCUUCUGGAACCAAUCUCAGAAAAGCAGUAUGUAGCUGAAGAACAUUUGUUAGACUCACAUAAAUCAUCUGAUAAAAGGCCCAAAUCAGUAUAUGUAGACUUAAGUGAAAAUGAAGAAAUUCAUAAAACCUGUAACACAGAAUACAAUAACAAUGGUGACAUCAGUUCUAAAAACCACUGCAAAAAGAACACAAUACUUUUAAAUGGACAAUCAAAUCAAACAAUGAUACAUUCUGGGGAACGUAAUUUAACAUACUCCAGAACUUACUGUUGUUGGAAAGCCAGACUGUCAAGCUGUAGUCAAGAUCACAGAUGCUUCCUUCUUCAAAACGACACGCAAUGUGUGAGUCAGAAUCACCCUGUUAAAAGAGGUUAUAAUUCUCUCAUGAAUGAAACAGAAAGAUUCCAUCGAAAACGUAGACAGCAUUCAUGUUCUUAUUCUUCAGAUGAAAGUUUAAAUCGACAGAAUUAUUUACCAGACGAAUUUUUGAAGCCACCAAGCUCUUCAGCUGCUCCCUGUAGGUUUAAAAAAAAGCGAAGGAGAAAAAGAAGCAGAUUCCAUCCUAGAGGUGAAACAUUGGAAAUCAAAGAAAAUAUAGAUUAUCACAUGAAAAGGAGUUCAUCUUUAAAUCACCUGGAUGGAUUAAUAAGUGAAGACAAAAUCGAAGAAAAAAAACCACAAGAAGUUGCAAAUAUAGAAAGGAACUCAGAACAAGGAGACCAAGUAAAAAACAAAUUGGUUUUGCACUCUAGUAGUUCCCUUCCUUUUGAAGCCAGGGGUGAAUCUGCACAUUUAGAAAUGGAGACCACGCUUCGUGAAUUGCCAGAGGUUUCCAAAGAUUCUACCGCAUCUGUCUCUACAGCUAGUGUCCCAACAAAACAAGCAGUUAAUAACACCUUGCUUGAACACAAAGAAAGAGGUGAGACAACAAAUGUUAACGAAAAACAAAUUCCUUUUAAGGUGCCUAAUAUUGAAAGGAACUUUAGACAGUCACAGCCCAAAUCAUACCUUUGCCAUUGUGAACUGGCUGAGGCUCUUCCACAAGGAAAGAUGAAUGAGGCCUCAACAACAGAGUGGCUGUGCUAUAAUUCAGGAAUCCUUAACACACAACCACCAUUACCAUUCAAGGAGGCACAGGUCAGUGGUCAUACGUUUGUGACGACAGAGCAAAUCCUAGCUCCACUGGCUUUACCAGAACAGACAUUAUUGAUCCCACUAGAAAACCAUAACAAAUUCAAAAAUCUACCAUGUGAAGUCUACCAGCACAUAAUACAGCCAAACAUGCUGGCCAACAAGGUCAAACUUACUUUCCCUCCACCCCCUCUCCCUCCCCCCAGUACACCUCUGCAGCCUUUGCCUUUGCAGCAGCCCUUAUGUUCUACCUCUGUGACCACGAUCCAUCACACUGUUCUGCAGCAGCAUGCUGCAGCAGCCGCAGCUGCAGGAACCUUUAAAGUGCUUCAGCCACACCAACAGUUUCUCUCCCAAGUUCCAGCUCUCGCCAGAACAUCUAUACCUCAGAUCGCAGUAGGACCAGCAGGACCCAGGCUUUGUCCUGGGAACCAGCCAACUUUCCUUGCUCCUUCUCCGAUGCCAAUCAUUCCUGCUUCGGCUCUUCAUCCUAGCCACCUGGCUUUCCCACCUUUACCCCAUGCAUUCUUUCCUUCUCUGCUUUCCCCACACCCAACUGUCAUUCCUCUGCAGCCCCUCUUCUAGACAUCACCAUAAAGAGGAGAAAAGAUACCUUUGUGAAAACUAUUGCUUUAUUCAUAGGUCUUCAUCUAAACAGAUAAUCAGCUAUUUAACUGAUGGAAAUAAAUUGGCCAAAAUAUGGCCUCUUGGUUUCAAAUCAUUUACUGUAAGUGUAAUGAUGCAAAUAAAUUCUUAAGUUUCAUAUAUAUAUAUAUAUAAUAUUAUUAAAGCACUGAAUAGUUUGAAAAUCAAUACAAUAUAUGCUGUAUAUUAAAUGAUGUCUUAAAAGUAUGUAUAAUGUACAUAAAAUAUAUUUAUAGUACUGUAAUUUAUGUUGUAAAGUAUGCUCUUGUUUUUUUUCUAAUCUUUGUGUAUUUGCACCUAUUUAAUGUUUAGACAAAGCUGAUGGCACUAUGUUUUGUAUCACGUUCCUUGAAACUGUAAAUUCAGUGAAAAAUAUCUCUUGCAAUAAAUUUUUGUUAACUAUUUAA